AUGAAAAAGAAACCAACCCAAAACGAUGGGACUGGCGACGAAGAUGACGAAGAUGAACCUGGCGUCGUUCAUAUCGAGGAUUUCCCACCAGGGUAUCCUCGCUUUUCUGCACUACUAGCCUCCGACAAGGUAUUUCAAGUUUGGCGCCGUUUCUCCAUCUUGCGGACGCGCCUGCUUCUGCUUAAGCAGGAUGAGCUUUCGCAGCUGGAGGAGCAACUGGAGAACAUAGAUGCUCAGGAUGAAGAUGAAAAUCCUUUAUAUCUAGCGAGCCGUCGAUCGGAUCUUAAUGAAAAAAGAAAAACAGUCCUCAAUAAGAUCGAUGAUGCAUUGAAAGACUAUGACUCUUUUUUAGAGAGAAACCAGCGAGCUUUGAACCUCGAGACUUCUUCGGAUCGCGCUAUUUCAAAUCUAAAAUAUUGGGAUGAGGCUAACGGCGAACUGACACGGGAAGAAACAAAAUACAUGAAACGCACAAGAGAUCUUUUCUGCCUUUUGGGGAACAGUACGUGGUCGGACAGGCUGAUAAGACUAGUUGGCCGACGCUUCAUGGAUGAUACAUUCACGAAAGACGCAGACGUGAACAUUCCUCCGGAACCAGUGAGGCGGACGUUACUGGUUCUUCAGGCAGCUGUCAUGGCAGCGCUCCUUUUUACUCCGGUUAUUAUCUGCAAUUUCGUGAAUGAGUUGACAAACAGAAUGAUCAUUAUUGUUGCCACCACGGCUAUUUUUAUUGCGGCCUUGUCUUUUCUCUCUCGAAUGAGGACUGUCGAUUUGGUUAUAGCCGGCACCACAUACGCCACCGUCCUUGUCGUCUUUAUUUCAGGCACAAAUGGGCUAGGCAAUUAA